UCAGCAUCAGAGCAAGAGCGAACGCGCACGCAGACGGACACGGACACGGAGCACGGAUAAAACGGGCGAAAGACAAGAAAGACAAGAAAAGCCUAGAAAGGCAGCACAAGAAUAGGAGACCCCUAGUGUGUGAUAUGUGCAAAAAGAGUGCCGCGAAAGGUAGUGUAAAAAAGUGUGACCAGCAGUGGUAAAAACCUGAGCAGACUCAAUUAACUGUGAAAACCUGCUGCACACACCGCACACGCACACCCUCGCAAAGUGAGAGUGUAGAGGAAAGAGAGCCACCGAGAGGUGAAGGUGAAGCUGAAGGAGAAGCGCGAACAAUUUGUUGAAUACAACGGGACCGUCGCAAAAGAAGAAAGCGAAAGUGAAAAGGAAACUAAAUUUUAAUACUCAAAAAACUGAAAUAAGACCAAGUUAAAAUUCCGAACGUGCCCAAACAAACACUAACAAAAAACAAAAAAAAAAAAGGAAACAGAAAAGGGGAAGAAAAUUGGCGGCGCAAAAGUUAAAAGGGACAAAGACGAUUAAGCAGCUUGCCAAGGACGAGGACCAAAAGCCCGAAAGAUAUUUCCGCGGACGGGGACGACUUCACGCUGAAAUUGCAACUCUAAUAGAGCAGAGGCCAACACGUUCAGUGUAUAAUAUUUGAAAUCAAAGCGUUAGGGUCCAACCAUGACGGCGAUGUACGUGAAUCACAAGCUCAACAUGCGCACAACGGCUGUCAAGAUGAAGCGGACCCGACAUCCUGCCGCAUCCUGCCCCGAUCCGAGUCCAUGUCCAAGUCCAAGUCACAGUCGCAGUCGCAGUCGCAGACGCAGUCACAGUUCGAUUCCCACGAUUCCCGGCAAGUGUCACGGCCAACCGGAAACGGAAACGGAAGCGGGCCGGACCAAUUGAAGCUGAGAGCAAGGACGGCACAAACUAAGAUAAUUCAAUCGCGUUUUCUACACAUUUACGGUUUACUUUGCCUCGGUUCCUUGAUGGGUUGCUUUAAAACUAUCGGCGCUUCAAUUGCGCAGCAAACGCUUGCGGAAGCGGAAGCGGAUGCACAAGAUAAAGAUAAAGAGCGGGAAGCGGAAACGGGAAAGGAAACGGGAACGGGAACAGGAACGGGAACGAGAGCGGAUAUAAAAGGGGAAGCGGAAGCGGAUGCCCGCAUCAUGGCAACGGGAAUUUGCAUUAUAAGACUGAUAACAUUAAAGAGAUUUCUAGAGAAUUCCAAAACCGACGAACACAAUCAAAGGCGCCAGCAAUCAGCAACGUCAGCAACGUCAGCAGCGUCAGCUGGUGCAUCCAGCCCGCGGAGGAGGCACCUCCAUUAUCCCGGACAUCCAGCAGGACAUCCAGGACACCCGGAAGCUUGCACCCUGCUAAUGCUUCUGCUCCUCACCAGCCUCUGGCCGGAUUGCUGUGAAUGUCUCCACGGCGGCAGCAACACCGUGAAGACCAAAUACGGCCUGCUGCGGGGCAUUGUGGUCCGCUCCUCGCCGCUUGUGGAGGCCUUUCUGGGCAUUCCAUACGCCUCGCCUCCGGUGGGCAGUCUCAGAUUUAUGCCCCCCAUAACGCCCUCGACGUGGAAAACGGUUCGCAGCGCGGAUCGAUUCUCGCCGGUCUGUCCGCAAAACGUACCCAUACCGCCCAACGGACCGGAGGCUCUCCUCGAAGUACCCCGCGCCCGUCUCGCCCAGCUGCGCCGCCUGUUGCCGCUGCUCAAGAACCAAUCGGAAGACUGCUUAUACCUAAAUAUCUAUGUGCCCUACGAGACGCGCCGCCUGAGGCGAAAUACCGAUGAUACUAGCGGCGAAUCGAAGACCAAGCUGUCCACUGUGGUGUUCAUCCACGGCGAAUCGUACGACUGGAACUCAGGGAAUCCCUACGAUGGCUCCGAGCUUGCUGCCCACGGCAACGUCAUCGUCGUGACAAUCAACUUCCGUUUGGGAAUCUUCGGAUUCCUGAAGACCGGCGGCAAGGAGAGUGCCCAAGGAAAUUUUGGGCUAAUGGAUCUGGUUGCUGGUCUCCAUUGGCUCAAGGAGAAUCUGCCUGCGUUCGGUGGGGAUCCCCAGAGCAUUACACUCCUGGGAUACGGCACUGGAGCUGUGCUGGCCAACAUACUAGUUGUGUCCCCAGUGGCGAGUGACUUAAUACAGCGCACAGUUCUGGUGAGCGGCUCGGCCCUGUCACCCUGGGCCAUACAGAAAAAUCCACUCUUUGUGAAGAGGCGAGUGGCGGAACAGACGGGCUGUCAUGGCGACAUGUUGUAUGAUGACCUGGCCCCCUGCCUCCGCACCAAAAGCGUCGCCGAGUUGCUAGCCGUCAAGGUGGAUCAUCCACGAUUCCUUGUGGGCUUUGCUCCAUUUGUGGAUGGUACUGUAAUCUCCCCCGGCGCCAAUCCCAUGGGCAGCACCACGUUGCCCCUGGGUUCAGCUAUUGUUAGUACUUCAGGAAUUGAAUAUGCAAACUUUCCGAAACGAGACCUCAUUUUCUGCCUUACAUCUGUGGAGUCCUACUUGGAUUUAAGUGCCCAAGACUUGGAGUUCGGCUUCAAUGAGACCCGACGAGAUCGCAUCCUUCGCACUUUUGUGCGAAACAACUUCCACUACCAUCUGAACGAGAUAUUUGCCGUAUUGAAGAAUGAGUACACCGACUGGGAGAAGGCCAUACGUAAUCCUCUUAGCUCCCGGGAUGCCACCCUGCAAUUUCUGAGCGAUGGCCACACGGCCUCACCGCUGAUUAAAUUGGGCUAUAUGCACAGUUUGCGAGGUGGCCGUGCCUACUUCCUGCACUUUAAACACAAAACCAUUGAGGAAGAGUACCCACAGAGAACCGGAUCUGUACGUGGCGAAGAUGUGCCUUUUUGGUUGGGUUUGCCCAUGUCCCCGCUCUUUCCACACAACUAUACGACUCAGGAGCGCCAAAUUGGCCGACUAAUGCUGCGAUAUCUGUCCAACUUUGCUAAAACUGGCAACCCGAACCAAUCCACUGCAAAGUCUGCGCUUGCCAAUCCAAAUGAGGUCCUGCAGACUGCUGUGCAUCAACAAAGAAAACGAUCCACUAGCCUGACCCAUCCUAAUCUCAGCGAGGCAGUUAAUCUGGCCGUGAUCUACAACCAACGACGGAGCAAUGCCAUGCACGAAAAGAGAUCCUACAUCCGGAGGCGACUACGGAGCAAUGAUGCUGCCUUCACUCAACUGGGAAUUUCCAGCGAACGAGAUGUGGGCAGCUACGAUGGCGAUGAGCUGCCCUUUUGGGAUGCUUACGAUGUGGUCAACCAGCUAUACGUGGAGUUGGGCAAUAAGGCCAAUAUUCAGAGCCACUAUCGCGGUCAUAAGCUGUCCAUGUGGUUGAACCUCAUCCCUCAGCUGCAUCGCCACUUCAACAUCAACGACCAGUCUAUGCGACAUCAUCAGUUCCAGGACGACAUGAACAACAGGGAUCUCUAUGAGGGCGUUGUACGACCGCAACUGCAGACGAAGCCCGCUGAAGAUGAUAACAUCAUCAUCAUGCAAAGGAGCAGGACAACGACGCCACCGCCACCACCAAAAAUUCCAAGUACAAAUGCCACGCAAGCUUUAAGUCCCACUGGCACGGGACCAAGUACGACCACAGAAUGCGGCAUCGAUGGAGCCAUGUCCGUAUCGGAACUUACGACCACCCAAUCGCCGAAGGACAAUAGAACUGGGAUAACGCGCGUAGAGACGCAAAAGGAUCUGGCUACCGCCUCCACCGGAAUCAUUGGCAAUUUGGAGCUACUCCGGCGACUGGGUGGCAAACAGUUUCAGAGCUACACGACAGCUUUGAUAGCCACCGUGGCCGUUGGUUGCUUCUUGUUAAUCCUGAAUGUCCUGAUCUUUGCGGGCAUUUAUCACCAGCGCGAAAAGCGGGCUCGGGAUGCCAAGACCAAGGAGGAGCUGCAGGAGAGCGAUAACAGCAAGAAUUCCAGCAUUCUGAAGCUCAACGCUUUGAUGGGCGGCAGUGGAGGAGCAGGUGGCCCUGGUCCAAGUGAUAUGGGGGAUGCGUAUACUUUAAGUGGUUCUGUGGUAGACAGCAAGGGCGGGGUAGGCGUGGUAUUCGGGGAGUACAGCUGUUAUGAUGAGAAGACCAAGCAGUUGAAGGAGGAAAAGCUUCUAGUGGAACUGCCACCUUCCUCGUCAACUGGUCAGACGUCCCUAAUGAUAGACACCUGGGGGCCGUGUUCCACGAGCACUUUGGAUCUGCUGAAAACCAAGCCGGGAGAUCCCAUCGAAAUGGUUACCUACAGCGCCCUGCCCACGUUGAUGGAAUCCACAUCGGCGAUGAGCAGCAAGCGGGGGUCCUUCGUUGACACAACGAUGCAAUUCAGCAGUCCCCAGCAGUUCGAUUAUGCAGUCCAAUCCUCGGAUCAGAUGUCCUUCAAAGCCAUAGAGGAAGCUGUCAAAGCGGCGGCCGGCAAUGACUCCGAAAUCACACGGGAUGAUGACAUUCCCGAGCCGCCGCCACCACCACGAUCUUUCCUAGCCGCCCAGCAGCAGCAACAGCAUCAACAACAAACAGGCAUCCUGCGGCAGACAGGGGCAAGUGGAAGUUCCACGGCAGGAUCAGGUAGCAGUAGUGGCAAGAAACGUGUACAUAUUCAGGAAAUCUCAGUCUAGCAAUCAUAACCCUUCUAGUAACCAAUUGUGACUCUAGUUUAAAGUUAUUAUCUAGUUAUGUAUAUGGUCGACCUUGUCUUAAUGGAAAUUUUCCAACUUCUUAGUCCCAAUUUCGAACUUUCCUAAAAGUCUUUUCCUUAAAUUCCUUUUCCUACAUUCGAAAUUUCAACUUUACUAUCACUUUUCAACACCGAAUCCAAUUGAUGGUCAAGGCUCGACUUCCGUUUACUCUCUAUUCCCAUUCACUGCCCUAGAUUUCUGCCAAAGACAAGUUUAAAAUAGAAUCAUUUUUAUGUUCCCUGAUCUCAAUGCAAAAAGUCGUUGUAACUGUAUGUAUUACGUAUGUUUGUACAUUAUGUAAAUGUUCCUUGUAGACGUGAUUGAGAAGAUAUUGUGUAGAAAUAAUUUUCAAGUGUUAUCAUUGUGUGUAUAGUUUAUGUUACUUUUUGGUGUACGAUUAGAAUCUCAUAUUAUUAUAUUUGCUUGUUAUUUAAUAAUUAGCGAAAUCAAAAUAAUAUGAAACAAGCUUUUAAUGAUUUGUAAAAGAAAACCAUAUAAUAUAACUAUGAUACACAUAUUGUAUUUAAUGUAUUGUAAAAUAUUGACUCUAUUUGUAUGAAAUACAUAUGUAUUACAAAGUA